AUGGCUUCUCCAUCGGCGGGGCUUGCUGGUUCUGAUGUGCUGAAAUCGUAUGCUCAAGUUGUGAACAAAAAAACAGAGCAUCCUACGUUCAAAAUUCCCAUGCGUUUUCCGGUUGAUAUCGAUGGUGAGAUGGGUUUUGUUUUCUCAGAGUUGGAGAUGACAAAAGCGGCGGAUGAAUUCAGGUAUGCUCUGGUGAUGAAGUUCAUGAAAUCACGUCCUUCCAUUGACAAAAUAAGACUCACGGUGGUGAAAACUUGGGGGCUGACCGAAGUUCCAACUAUCAGUUUUAUGGAUGAAUUUCAUGUGUUGAUUCAUAUGAAAAAUGAAAGAGACUUUGUGCAUGGUUGGGCACGUGAAGGAAGAACAAUGGAAGGCCUCCCUUUUCGGCUAUUUAAAUGGACUAAAGACUUUGAUGUGCAAAAGGAAUCCCCCUUGGCACCCCAAUGGAUUUUUCUGCCCGGACUACCUAUGCAUUUAUACCGGAUUGAUUUCUUACAGAUUAUAGCUACAAGGUUUGGUCGGUAUCUUGGAACAGAUAAUGCAACCUUGAAUCAUACUCGUGCUUCUGGGGCGCGCAUCUUUGUUGAAGUUGAUCUAACGAUGGAACCGGUAAAGGGAUUUCCGAUGGUAGUUUCUCCUGCAAAUUGCAUUUGGCAGGAGGCCAAAUAUGAAAGAACUGGUUUUUAUUGCUCAAAGUGUUUUAGACAAGGGCACACUUCUGUUGUUUGUAGGGUGGGUGAGAAGAGGAAAAUUGAAGGAAAAGUUAAAGGGAAAAAAAUCUGGCAACAAAAGGGCAUUAAGGAGCCGAUGGAGGAUAAAACUGGAACUGGUAUGGGGGAGAAAAUAUUGGAUACAGGGGUUGUUAAUGGCAAUCCGAAUGAAAAUAUGGCAAGUGCUUCUAUUGCUCAUGAUAUGGGUGAUUUAAAUGUGACCAGUCCUAUAGAGAUGGUUCCCGAAAAAAAUUUAGAUGAAGUGGUGAUAACUUCACAACCGGACUUGAUAAAAAGCGUUGACAUGAUACAACAUAGAGAAGGAAAACAGGUUGCAGAAACAGAGUGUGGUCAACAUGUGCAAUCUGCUAUACUGAGAGACUCUGACAAUAGUGAUGAAGAAUGUGAAGAAGUUUGGCAUGAUGAUGAACCUGAGUUGCAACAGAGUGCACAAGCAGAUAGAAUGCAGACUAUGGUGCUGGAUGAGGAAGAAACUAACGAACGUACGGGCAAUGGCAGUCCACAGCGAGAAGUUACGACAGGUUAUUCUUCAGAGCGAGAGGAAGGAGAAAUUACUGUUUUGUUGGGGAAAGAAAAACUGUAUGAUACAGAUGGGGAGAGACAGUCCACUGCUGCAAAAGUUUCAAAAUCAGAUGCUUAUGAGGAAAGAUCGAGACGGGCUCUCUGGCAAGAACUUGAGGGGCUGCUGGUGACUGAUCAGCCUUGGAUCGUAGUAGGUGAUUUCAACACAAUUAGAAUGGAUUCUGAGAGAAUUGGUGGUAAUCCUCGAUCUCUGCCUUCCAUGAAUGAGUUUAAUGAUUUUAUUGACAGGUGUGGUCUCUUUGAGUUAACGUGUUCGGGACAACGGCUGUCUUGGUGUAAUGGGCAUGCUGGGACUUCACGGAGUUGGGCGAGGCUAGACAGAGUGCUCAUCAAUAAUAAUUUCUUAACUCGGUUUCAGUUUACGAAAGUGAAUUACCUUAGUUGCAAAUCUUCAGAUCAUUGCCCGAUGGUAGUUUCUUCAGAGAUACCGUUUACUGCAUAUGGUCCAUCUCCUUUCCGUUUCAUGAAUAUGUGGUGUUUGCAUGCUGAUUUUUUGAAUUUUGUGAAGGAAGUGUGGAACAGACCGGAUGAGGUACAAGGCAUGAUGAAGCUUGUGACCCGUUUGAAACGUACUAAGGUUGCUUUAAGAGGUUCGAAUAAAACUGUUUUUGGAAGAGUGGAAGGGAAUAUUAGAGCUCUUGAGGAGAGAAUGGAUAUUUUAGAGGAGAAGCUUCAACUUGAUUUUUCCGAGGACCUAGAGGAUGAUUUUUUAGCAACUAAAAUAGAGCUGGAUUUAUGGGAAAAGAGGGAAGCCUCUCGUCUGGGUCAACUUGCUAAGAAAAAAUGGCUGAAUGAAGGUGAUAAAUACCCUGCUUUUUUUUCACGCCGUUAUUAA